GUGAAAAGCCCAGCCGGCCCCGUUCUGCCAAGUGUGCAGAACGUCGGAGUCAGCACCAGAGCGAGAGCUCUGCAGUCCUCCUCCUCCUCCUCCUCCGGCAGCGGCAGCAGCAGCAGCGGAGUGCUGAUCAGGUGGUUGCAGGGCCCCUGGAAACAGCAGUAGGAUGCAGCUGAGGAGGGAAAGCACAAGCCACAGAGCAGCGGCGGCCAGCCUGGAGAGCGAGCCGACCUCUGCGCUCCCCUCGCUCCCGGGAGCAAUGCACUGAGGCUGCAGCGGGGACUCAGGCAACCAUGGCGAGCCGGUUCUGGAAGGCCUGGCCCUGCGUCCUGGCCCUGCUGGUCUGCCUCCCAGAGGCUCGGGGCGCUUGUCCUUCGGGCUGCCUGUGCUCAGGGAACGACAGACACGUGGACUGUUCCGGCAGAAACCUGACCGCACUGCCGCACGGGCUGCAGGACAACAUCACCCACUUGAACCUGUCUCACAACCGUUUUGUGGACCUCGACCACCAGCUCACUCGCUUUGCCAAUUUGCGGACCCUGGACGUCUCCCACAAUGGGCUGCUGAACCUACCAGCUCACCUGCCUCGGUCCUUGUGGGAGAUCUAUGCCACCCACAACGCCAUCAGGGUCCUGCAAAAGCUCGACACCGCGUACCAGUGGAACCUCAGAGUCCUCGAUGUCUCCGGCAAUCUGGUGGAAAGGGCCGUUCUCAUCAACAACACCCUGAGCAGCCUCAGAUACCUGAACCUCAGUAGCAACAAGCUCUGGACGGUCCCCACCAACAUGCCUCACCACACAGAGACGGUGGAUCUCUCCGACAACUUCUUGACACAAAUCCUGCCCGGCACACUGGUGAGGCUCUCCCAACUCGCCCAACUCUACCUGCACAACAACAAGUUCACCUACAUCCCUGACAGAGCUUUCGACCAGCUCGCUCGCCUGGAACUGCUAACGCUUUACAACAACCCGUGGUCCUGUGGCGAGGCUCUCUCGUAUCUGCAGAGAUGGAUGAGAGAAACCUCCGCGACGGUCGUCGGGCCGCCGUGCUCGGAGGAGGCGGCCACAUCCUGGAAGGGUGCCAGGCCAUUCUCGGCCGCAACCUCCGCUGCAGAGAACCGCCUCCUUGUGAAAGCCAUGAAGGCAGCAGAGCCAACUGGGCCUCCAAUGACCACUGGGCCAAGCAAAACGGUGCACCCCCCAUUUCGAAUGGAAGAGGCCACUCUGGGUGCUACCGUGGGCCAGACGGUCACGUUUAGCAGCACGGACAGGCCGCUAGCUUUGUACCCGGAAGACCCGAGCACGGAGAAGCUGAACUCUUAUGAAGCGGCAGCGGCCACACGCACCGUCUAUAUUCAAGACACAACCAUUGUGAAUUCAAGCACAUCCACCACUCCCAUGACCUUGAGCAUCACCAGCGGGGUGCCAAUCAACCACACCAAGAGGCCUCAGAGCACAACUGUUACUGUCAAGCGAGAGGAAGCGACCACCAAGGCUCAGCACCAGGUACCCUCCAAAGCAAACUUUGGGAAGGUGUCUUCAGUCUUCAUCCUCCUCCUCAACGCGGUGGUGCUGGCAUCUGGCUAAGGGGUUCUGCUUACGGGAAUAAAUUGCUUCAUUCUUCAAUAAAAUGGUUGGGGGGCGGGGGAAACCACUCGCACACCCACAGCGAUUCAAAAGCAACAGAAAUGCCCAUCUUCGAUUCGGAACCACGACCCAACAGAAAGUAACUCUUCCUCAACAAAGACUGCACAAAAUUAUGUCUUGAUAACUGAGCUGCUACUUACUUUAUGUCUUACUGAGUUGAGAGAGAGAGAGAAGCCUAACUAUCGAAUAAUAUAAUUGUUUUUAUGAAAUGUGCUCAUUUUGUAUUUACAUUUUUAAUUUUCUUCACACACACACACACACACACACACACACACACACACACACAAAAUAUAUGAAAGAUGUCAGUAUUUUAUGUAUUGAUUAUGUAUAGUUUUGUCAUUAAACAUCUGGAAAAGAAAAA